GGAGUUUGUCUCUUCCUCCUCAGCAGGAUCCAAAGAGCAGCAGCCGGGGAGUCACAGAAGGGAGAGGCCGAGGGACACAGAGAGACAUCCGAGAGGGCCGAGGGACACAGAGAGACAUCCGAGAGGGCCUGAGGGAAUACACAUAGAGAUACAAGGGGCCCCGGGAUUAAGCUCAUUGGGAGUCUGUUGGGCCCGAGGUAUCUGAGCCUCCUACUCACACACUGCUGGGACCCAGAGAAAGGACCAAGAUGGAUUCCUCCCAGGUUCUGCUGGUUGUUUUCCUCUCACUACUGAGUAUGAGUGCGGCACAAGAGUACGACUGUAACGAGCCAAUGGAAACUCUCGCUAGAGAUGGGAAAGUGAUCCGAUGGUCGUACAAUAAGGAGAAUGGGAAAUGCAGCCCCUCCCUGCAGAAGCAGCAACGCAGCAGUCGCAACAGUUUCAUCACCGAGAAACAGUGUCUCAUGACGUGUUCCAGUGACUACGAGAAUAUUUACCCACCUGGGGAUGCCGUGUGUGACCUCCCCAUGGAGUCGGGACCCUGCCUGGCCCUGAUCCCCCAGUGGUACUACAAUAAGGAGCGCGGGGCCUGUCACUCCUUCCUGUACAGCGGUUGUCAGGGAAACGGCAACCGGUUUGAGAAUAAGGAGAACUGCACCACUCUGUGCUUGAACCCCAAGAAAGGAAGAACGGGGGGCGCAGAUGUGAGUGGGGAGCAGCCGUCGGAGACAGACACAGGGUUGGUGAUUGGCAUUGUGUGCGGCGUUGUGUUCGGAGCGGCGUUCCUGGCCACGCUGGCCCUGUACCUGGUACAGAGGAAGAAGCUGAAGAAGCAGCACAAAGCCGUCCCAACCGUGGAGAUGAGAUGAUUCAGACGCGGCGUUUGGUUUUUAUUUGUGAAACUGAUUUUACUUUUAUUUUUUAACUAAGAAAACAGUAAAUUUGGUUCAGUGAACUGCAGGAAAAUAAAAAUGGAUAUAACUGUU